AUGAUCUUCUCAGCUGCCGCAGUUCCCCUCUUGGCAGCCGUUGCUGCUGCCAUUCCGCUGGAGGUCUACACCAACGACCUCACGUUGACAAACUCCGACGUUGACUGGUCCAUUCCUGUCCUUUCCGACGAGGCUAUUGUCAGCGCUGCCUUGGAUACGUUCACCAAGAUGCAGAACUCAACUACUGUUGACCAGUGUACCAAGUGCCAGAGCAGAUUGGUUUACGGUAAGUCUUUGGCAAUGUCCAGACCAGAUUUGAUUCCCACCAUCUUCGAGCUAUGGUGUAACAUCCAGGGUGACUACUCAGCGGAGACUUGUAACAACAAAUUCCACAGAACUACGGUCUCCAACUCCUCGACAGGCUCAAACUUUGCCGAUUUAUUGACUUUAAUCGAUCCAUUGUCCAUUGACGCAGAAUACUGGUGUCACUACCAGGUUAAGAAAGAAUGUCCUCUCCCAGAGACACCAGAAAACCUUUCCAUUGCCUAUUUGUGGAAUGAAACAAGACCAGCAAAGGCAAAUACUGUUCCAAUUCCAGGAAACAACACCAUGAAGGUGUUGCACAUUUCUGAUUUCCACCUUGAGCUCGAGUACACCGUGGGUGCAGAAGCUAACUGCACCACCUCAAUGUGCUGUACCCCACAUUCCAUUACUCCUAAGAACGCAAUCCACAGCAACCAAUCCUCUAUCCACGACUUGUACACUGCUUUGUUUGAAGGCUCAUACUACGACGCCGAAGGUAACUACCACAAGGGUGAACAGAUCUCUGCACUAAACAACAUUUCCGUUCCAGCAACCACUUUUGGUCACUACGAGUGUGAUGCUCCAGAGGUUUUGAUCAACUCCUCCCUACACUCCAUUGCUGAUUUCCAGACCAAAAACAACAUUUCCUUUGAAUUCGCUAUAUUCACUGGUGAUUUGGUCGACCAUGACGAAACCAAGUACACUGCGUACGAAAAAUCCGUGGAAGAAGAAACGAUGAUCUUCCGGGACAUCAAGAAUUCCUUCAAGAACCUUCCUAUCUACCCUGUGUUGGGGAACCACGAUACUUUCCCAUACGCCCAAUUGGCCCCACAGAAGUCUGGAUUCCACAACAAGUUUGACUGGAACAUCGAAUUGUUGACCGAGAUGUGGAUGGACUACGGCUGGAUUGACUGGGAUCAAGCACAGUUUGCCAAGACCCACUAUGGUGCUUAUUCGGUCCAACUCAAGUCGGGCUUGAAGAUCAUCUCAUUCAACUCCAACGCUUGGUACCUCUCCAACGAGUACGCAUACAGUAAUAACGUUGAGGACCCAGAUUACUUUGGUAUUUUCGAAUUCAUUGUUAACGAGCUCUUAGAGUCCGAAGCAGCCGACCAGAAAGUCUGGUUGAACUUCCACAUUCCUCUCUCCAACACCGUCCUCCCAACCGCCGCCAAACUCUUCUCCGAGAUGGUUGCAAGAUUCUCCCCAUACACCAUUACUGGUAUUUUCACUGGCCACACUCACAGAGACGAGUUCAAUAUCCUCUACAAGAACAACAAUGGUACUGUUGAGUCGAAGCAGAUCGAAGACGUCAUCAACCUCACCUGGAUCACCCAGGCUGUCACCCCAUGGGUUGAAAACAACCCAGCAUGGAGAUACUACGAGGUCGACACCGACACCUUCCAAAUCAUGGACUCCCUUAACUACUACACCCAGUUGAAUGAGACCUUUGCCUCAAGUGACGAGCCUGUUUGGGAGUUCGAGUAUUCCGCCAGAGACGUCUACGAGAUCGACUGGCCUGCCUCUUCUCCAUUGAACGCCACCUACUGGCACCUGGUCUAUGAGAAAAUGCGUACUAAUGCUACCACCCUCCAGACCUACGAGAGUCUCUCCAAGAGAUUCUCUCCGUACGUCAAGGACUGUUCUGAAGGUGAUGUCUGCACCUGGGACAUCUGUUAUGUUUCCUCGUACACGACCGAAGAGUACACUGCGUGUAUGAAGGCCAACCCACACUACGUCGACGGCACCUCUUAG